GAGAAUUCUCUUUCCUAUAGUUUCUGGAAUUCCAAGACGGUGACAGGGAGGUAGUGGCGCGGGCGCUGUCCUGUGCCAAAAAGGGGGUGUGUGUGCGUGGGUAGGCCUGGGCUGCACGCAGACAGAGAGUACGAGCACACCGAACAAGUGAGGGUUUUUAAGAGCGCGAGGGAUUAAAUAUUUUUCUUUUUCGAAGGAGAUAACGGAAAACCCGACGGAAACAUGGGGUAAAUAAAUACGUUGAAACGUUCAACAACGUGGGACAAUUUGACAGACAGUACGUCUUAUAUCUGCCUACGUAAAAAAAAAAAUCCUAAUCCACAUGUAGGCCUACUCUACUGCCAGUCUGUCCGUGGGUAGCGUGAACGCAAGCCGCAUAAUCGGUUUCAUAAUGCGGACGUGAGGUACCCUGUAGUAAAACGGAGAAAUACGAGAGGCUAGGAAGACAGCCGAGGUGUUGGCUAUCUCGACAGCAGGCAAAGGCGAAGGCAGGGCCACUCGUGUCUCUUGCCAGGACGAAGAAGACGAGGCGGCUGAUCCACUGGAACCAUAAUGUCAAACCGCAAACACCGGGACAACCAGGAGAUAUGCGCUCGCAAGGUACGGGAGCUCGCUCAGUCGGGAGUAAACAGACACUGCUUCGAGUGCAGCCAGCCCGGGGUCACUUACAUCAACAUCACCGUGGGCUGCUUCGUGUGCACCUCCUGCUCUGGAAUGCUGAGAGGCUUGAACCCUCCCCAUAGAGUCAAGUCCAUCUCCAUGACAACCUUCUCCCAACAGGAAGUGGAAUUCCUCCAAAACCAUGGCAAUGAGGUGGGUAGAAGGACCUGGCUCUGCCUGUUUGACCCAAAGUCGGACGGCUGUUCGGACACCCGGGACUCACACAAGUUCAAGGAGUUCCUCCAGGACAAAUAUGAGAAGAAGAAAUGGCAUUUUUCCAAAAGUAAGGGUCGGAGAGACCUGGAGGGUCCGUGGAGCCCUGGGGUCCAGGCCGUGCCCCCCCCUCACAGUGGUCCGGUCGCAAGCCAGACCACUGCCCAUAGCAUGCUCCCCAACGCCAGACCAGCCAGGUCUCUAGUGACCCAGGCCCAGCUGCCACCCUGGGAUCGAGCGCCCACCAUCUCGCCCGCCGACAUGCGUGCAGACGCGUUCACGGCCCGCCUCCCCUCGCGCUCCCAGAGCUUCAGAGACCCUCCCCUGAAAGAACCAGGCCUGUGUGGUAUCGAGAGGCAGCGACCCGGCUCCCUGUCUUCUGCCCUGGGGGGCCAAGGCCACGCCCCCUCCUUCCCGGCUCUCCCACGGCCCUCAGCCAGUAGCACUUUCAAAAACCACUUCACUUUAGGCCGCAUGGUGCCGGGGUCCGGGGCCACAGGGGGGCCCUUCAGAGCCUUCCCCAAGUCUCUCAGCGUGGACUUUGGCGGUCUGGGCCACGCCCACCCCCCGCCCGGCCCGCCGCCGUCGGGGCCGCCCCCGCCCGGCGACCGCUCGCAGGACAAGUACGCCGCCGUGUCGCAUCUGGACAGCGUGUUCGGCGAGCCCCUGCCCGGCCCCGCCACCGCACCAUCUAGUGGCCCGCCGCAGUACAACGCCCUCUUUGGAAACAGGCUCUCGUCCAGCUCUACUCCUGCCAGCUCUCCCGGUGUCGAUGCAGGGCCCGGUUCGCAAACCUUUGCAAGUUUCCCCAACCCGUUCAGCUCCACCACCACGGCCACGGCCACCAGCAGCAGCACCAACAGUCCGGGCUCCCCCCAGCCGCCCACUGCCCUCUCCCCCAGUAACCCCUUCAGCACCUCGGCCUCCGCAGGUGAUUUUGGCGCAUUCGACCCCUCGCCCACCUCAAUGUUCCCGCCUUCGGCCGCCUUCCCGGCCCAAAGUACCCACAAUGCAUUUCCUCACGAUUCAGGAAGCAAUCAGGAAGCUAACGGUUUCGCCUGUUUCCCCCAGGCCGACGCGCAGCCAAAAGUCCCCCGUCCCAUGUCAGUGAACCCGUUCACCGGGAAUGUUUACUCCAGCAGAGGGACAUCGCGGAAUCCUUUCAUCUGAUACUGGAGCCUCUCGCUCACACUCGCCCCUGCUGCUGCC